ACGGGACGUCAUUCACAGAAGCGGGAAGACGGCGAACCUGAGUGUAGCAGCUCAGCCUCCUUGUCUUUCUCCGUCAUCCUUCUUGAUACUUCACCACCCGAUAGGCCGAGUGGGCGUGGCCUAGGCACAGGCUUGUACAGAGAAGUCCCGGGCUCCUCCUCCUGCCGCGCGGCCUGGCUGUUUACAUGGGGACAGCUCCCCCAUCCUCCUGACUCCCAGCAGUAGCAGCAGAGGUGGUUUUGGUGUCUGUCAUAACCAGGGUUCUAGAACGCGGCCGCGAGGGGCGUCUCCAACGGCUCCACCCCCUACCGUCACGUGACCGCGGCUCCGCGCUGGGCUGCACCUGUUGCCAUAGAGACCGCGGCCUGUGCGCUAGGCCCAGCCUGGCGGAGUGCGGCCGGGGACAUGCUCGGCAUGCAGCGGAGAGCACACGAAGACCGGGAAGCGCCUCCCCGGGCCAACCAAAGCGGUGAGGUGCGGCUCCCGGGGGCCCGGCCCUUGCGGCUGCUGGAGUGGAAGGUGUCUGUGGGGGUGUCGGUGCAGAUCGGCUCCGUGCUGGCCGUGGGGGUCACUAUCCCGGCGCCCGAAUCCAGGGAGCAUCACGGGCAGCAGGAAGACACGACCGGGGCGAGGCCGCCGAGACCCCCGGAGAGGAAGGUGAAGUCGGACCGGGCCGGGGUGGUGCUGGAGCUGUGUGCCCAGCCAGGACAAGUCAUCGCAGCCGGGGGUGUUCUAGUGAGGUUAUCGAGCUGUAACCAUCCUGUGGUUAUGAAGGGCUUAUGUGCAGAAUGUGGUCAAGACUUAACACAGUUACAAAGCAAGAAUGGAAAGCAGCAGGUGCCUUUAUCAACUGCUACAGUGUCUAUGGUUCACAGCGUCCCGGAACUCAUGGUUAGCUCAGAGCAAGCAGAGCAGUUAGGACGUGAAGACCAGCAUAGAUUGCAUCGAAACAAGAAGCUCGUCCUUAUGGUUGAUUUAGAUCAGACCUUAAUCCAUACUACAGAGCAGCACUGCCAGCAUAUGUCACGCAAGGGCAUCUUUCAUUUCCAGUUAGGCAGAGGAGAGCCAAUGUUGCACACACGUCUUCGACCUCACUGUAAAGAUUUUUUAGAGAAGAUUGCUAAGCUUUAUGAACUGCAUGUUUUCACCUUUGGCAGCAGGCUGUAUGCACAUACGAUUGCUGGCUUUUUAGACCCUGAAAAGAAGCUUUUCUCUCACCGAAUAUUGUCUCGGGAUGAAUGUAUUGAUCCGUUCUCCAAAACUGGUAAUCUUAGGAACCUUUUCCCUUGCGGGGAUUCUAUGGUUUGCAUUAUUGAUGACCGAGAAGAUGUCUGGAAAUUUGCACCUAAUUUGAUUACUGUCAAGAAAUAUGUCUACUUCCAAGGCACUGGCGACAUCAAUGCCCCUCCUGGUUCAAGGGAAGCACAGAUCAAAAACAGAGUAAGCUCUUCUAAAGCAGCUGAAGUUACAGAGCAGCCUAAAGGAUCUUUACAGGAUAAUACACAAUCAAAGAAUGUUCCUGUCGAUGAGCAGAGCAAUGGUUUUGGAAAAUGCAAAAAAGAGCUGAACGGUGGAUGUACGGCAGGCAGUGAUAUUUGCAAGAAGGAGACUCAAACUAGUGACAGAUUACAUGACCAAGAUCUUGCUAGUAGCCAACAGCCUCUUACUUCAAAUAACAAAGACGUGACACCGUUGGGUGCACAGCCGCCCUUAGAACAGGAUGAGAGGACAGUAAUGGCAAAACCACUGCCAAAAACUGGGGCAGCAAAAGAUCUGGACUUUGAUUUGUCCAGUGACAGCGACAGUGAGCCUGAAACGAGGAAAACACCCUCUCCUUCUUCAUCCUCUGGGAGUGAAAAUGAACGUAAGAGAAGUUGGAGGAAAUCGAAAAAGUUGGAUCAGGCAACUGCUGUGCUGAAAGAAUCUUGUACAGAUAGUGAUUCUAAUAAAAUGUUGUCAGAAAACCAUUCUGUUGAUUGCAAUCAGGAUAUAUUUGAAACUAAAGAGGAUCUUGCUGUAGAGGAAGACGCAAUGGAAGUACAAACUGUAGAACAGGAUAGUUUAUGUGAUCUAGGGAAUGGUUGUGUAGAUAAAAAAGAGAUUGAGACAGAAUCACAAAACAGUGAGCAGUCUGGCAUUACUGUUGGGGAGUCUCUUGAUCAAAGUAUGGAAGAUGAUGAUGAUGAUAGUGACAACACAGAUGAAGAUGAUCAUUUAAUAUACCUUGAAGAGAUACUUGUUCGAGUACACACUGAUUACUAUGCAAAGUACGAUCGGUAUUUAAAGAAAGAGGUUGAAGAGAUUCCAGAUAUUCGUAAAAUAGUACCUGACCUCAAGAGUAAGGUGUUAGAAAAUACUAUUAUUGCAUUUAGUGGCCUUCACCCAACAAACUUCCCCAUUGAAAGAACACGAGAACAUUACCAUGCCAGAGCACUUGGAGCAAAAAUCAGCAAAAACCUUGUAUUCAAUGCUGAUGAUCCUAACAGGGUGACCCAUCUUAUUGCAGCAAGGGCAGGGACAGAAAAAGUCAGGCAAGCUCAGAAUUGUAAACACCUUAAUGUUGUGAAUCCGGACUGGCUAUGGAGUUGCCUGGAACGUUGGGAAAAAGUUGAAGAACAGCUGUUUCCUUUAAAGGAUGAUUAUCUAAAAUCGCAAAGAACAAUUAGUCCCACCACAUUUCCUGAUAUACAGGCUGCCUUUCAAACCCCACUUUUUCACCCUACACCUAUCCAUCCAAAAACACAGCCUGGUACUGAGGUUCGUCUUUAUGACCCAGUUACUGGGAAACUAAUAAGAAAAGGUUCACAGUCGACAAGCCAGUCUCUUUACAUUCAAGCGCCCUGUCCGCCUCUGACUUUGCCAGUCCACGGAGAGCACUCGUCCUUCAGAGUUGUUCAACCACAUCAGGAGGAACUUUAUGAUGAAGAACUUCCCGCAGAAAGUGCAGGAGAGGAACAGGCUGGCCCAUCCCAGAGAAAGCGACAGCCAAGCAUGUCUGAAUCUAUGCCUUUAUAUACACUUUGCAAAGAGGAUUUGGAGAGCAUGGAUAAAGAAGUUGAUGACAUUUUAGGAGAAGGAAGUGAUGACAGUGACAGUGAAAAGAAGAAGCCAUCAAAGGAAAAAAAGACUGAAAACGUAGUACAAGAGAGCCUGGCCAAAAAUUUAGAAGGCCGGACUGAAUCCUCUUCAUCAAGUGAAAGAAGCAUGUUAGUCAGCAUGACUCGAGGUCAUAAGAGAAAGCUGGAAGAUGAAGAGGAAGAUGAUGGCAGUGAAUCCAGCAAUGAGGACGAGGAAGGUAGCAGUUCUGAAGCUGAUGAAAUGGCAGCUGCUAUUGAAGCUGAACUCAAUGACUUCAUAUGACACUCUGUUCCCACUAGGGAAAUGUUUAAUCAAUCGAGGACAUGCGGUCAUAAAUGGACUUUUGAGUCACCCUUACAAUGUAUGUGUGAUCUUAUUCUUUCUGUAUUUUAUUAUAUUUUUCAUUUUCCGGAGACAUAUGUAUAUUUUGCUGGUUCACAAGUUUGUCAUUCUACACAUCUUUUGAUUGUUUUAAAUUUAUUUUACUAAAGAAAAUGCACCAUUUUGUUUUUUUUUGUUUGUUUUUAGAAAAUGGAAACCAAGUAUUAAUGGGAAAUUGUUGUGAUAUGCCAAAGACAUGUAAUGCUCUUCUCUGAGCUCCAUAUAGUAGGAAAGAUUUUAUUUUAUGAUUUUUUGGGGGAUGGGAUAGGGUCUCAAAGUGGCUUGGGGGAAUAUCACACCAUCUCUGGACAAAAACCCCAUAGUGCGUGAGAAAAUAAAUAGCCUGUAAUUGUGCGCUUUUCACAUACAUGCAAGAUACAAGAUAAAACAUUUUUUUAAACGAAUACAAUAUAUAUUUGUAUAGAUAUAGAGAAUGUGAUCAGAGGCAUUGUAAACUCUCGGACAUCUUCCUCUAUGCUCUAGUUUGGAUUUGUUAGAAGAGCAGUGUGUAGAUUUUUAACCUUGCCUCUCCAUAAGCUGUUGUAGCUCAGUGCUCUACUGCCAUGGAGAACGUCUUCAUGCAUUGUGCUCAGACAGAAAAUGAGUGCUAGCUUAAACUGCAAUAGGAUUUUAUUCAAUUGAGAGGACUAAUGUAAAGUUUUUGUAUAUUCUAUUUCAUAAAUGAAAUCCACAAAAAAGAUUUUUCUUUCAUUUAAUAAAAAAUCCAUUUUGUAGAA